UGUUUAGGCAUGCGCGCACCGCUGGAAAAACAUCUACUAUGAGACAGAGUACAUCCUGCCCCACGGCUUCUGCAACAUCAUUCCCCCCAACCUGCAGCCCAACGGGAGGAAGCUCUUGCCCUGCUAUGAAGAGUACAAGAAGAAGUAUGGGGAGGAGCACGGCUCGUGCCAGGCAGGGAUUGCAGGCUUCUUCACCGAGGAGCUGGUCAUCAUGGGGGCACCGGGAUCUUAUUAUUGGACAGGAACUGUCAAAGUACUGAAUCUCACUGACAACACAUAUUACAAGCUGAACGAUGAUGCUGUGAUAGCCAGGCGGUACACGUACCUUGGAUAUGCGGUGACAGCAGGUCAUUUCUCUCAGCCGACUACCACGGACAUUGUAGGAGGAGCUCCCCAGGAUGGAGGCAUCGGAAAGGUUUAUAUUUUCAGAACAGACAGACGAUCAGGCUCUCUAAUAAAGAUUUUUCAGGCUUCAGGAAAAAAGAUGGGCUCUUACUUUGGCUCCUCCUUAUGUGCAGUUGAUCUGAACUCUGACGGGUUGUCAGACCUGCUGGUCGGAGCACCUAUGUUUUCUGAGAUCAGAGAUGAGGGUCAAGUCACAGUCUAUAUCAACAGAGGAAACGGAGUGCUGGAAGAGCAGCUCAUCCUGGAUGGUGACGGCGCCUACAACGCGCACUUUGGGGAGAGCAUGGCUGCCCUCGGCGACAUCGAUGACGAUGGCUUCCCAGAUGUUGCCAUUGGGGCGCCUAAGGAGGAUAACUACGUAGGAGCAGUGUACAUUUACCAUGGGGAUGCCAAUGGUAUCGUACCUCAGUACUCUAUG